CGGCAGAGGGAUGUUGCCUCCGUCAGCCUCUCUGAGGACGCCAAAGGAAGGACGCGCGUGAGCCCUCUUUGGCAUUUUCGCACGCUUGGACUUUUCCCCACAAAUUUUUUCCUUUUUUUUUUUUUGGGUGGAAGGGGGCGAGGAGGAGGAGGAGGGGGGGUGCUGUUUGUGCGGCGAGAAGCUUGAGGAGGUCUGAGGGAAAACGACCACACGUUGACUGGCGUCUCGUCACCGGAACGGCGGACUUGACGGGGAAUAUCGUCGACACUCGCUGCCUCGAGGACCGCAAACGGUCAAAACGGUUGGAACGGACCGGGCUGCGGACGACAAUCAGCGGGGACGUCUGAGUUUCUGAACAGAAGUGGGUGAGGGGGGGGGGGCUUUACGGAUGCCUGCAAAUGUGCCAAGUCUGAGUUCCCGCAUGCCCUACCCAAUUCCUGCGCUCUACCUGACUGCAGUCUUGGCCCCGCACCCUGACGUUGAGUGAUUAGUAAUUGCCUCCAAGGGCAAUCGCACAGCAAGACAACAACAACAACAACAACAACGACGACGAAGCGAGACUCUUGAGAGUUGGGAGCCCUGCUGCAGUGGAAUGUGGAGGUGGCAGGGCCGGUGAGUCAUUCACCUCAGCAGAUGCAACAAAUUAUUCAUCACCGGCGAACAGCCAAGAAUACAUCAUUUACGAGGACCAAUUUCCGACGGGAGACCAAAAUGAAGGACGUGUCGUUCGUGGAUCGUCUCUUUGUCGGCUUGGCCGUGGCCUCUUUUGUCGCGGCCGCUGACAAAAGGCCGGACUGCCCCAAACUGUGCACGUGCGAGAACAGACCCUGGUUCUCUCCCAGUUCUGCGUACAUGGAGGCGCAGACCGUUGACUGUAACGAUCUGGGACUAUUUCACCUGCCGGAGAAACUUCCCGCGGGUACGCAAGUUCUGCUGCUGCAAACAAACAACGUCGCGGCAAUAGACCGACCCUUGGAUUACCUGGCCAACGUCACAGAGAUCGAUUUGUCGCAAAACAACAUCUCGUCCAUGACGGACGUCCGUCUCGGGAUCCUGCCGCAGCUUCUGUCCCUGCAUAUGGAGGAGAACCGGAUACAAGAGCUGCCCGACCAAAGUCUGGUGGAUGUGGCCAAUCUUCAGGAGCUCUACCUGAACCACAACCUCAUUUCCUCCAUUUCCCAAAUGGCCUUCCAGGGUCUGGGCAAGCUCCUACGGCUCCACCUCAACUCCAACAAGCUGACGGUCAUCCGCAGGGAGUGGUUCCGACCCAUGCCCAAUCUGGAGAUUCUCAUGAUCGGCGAGAAUCCCGUGCUUUCCGUCCACGAGAUGAAUUUCAAACCUCUCGGCAGCCUGCGCAGUCUGGUCCUCACCAGAAUGAACCUGUCUCAGCUCCCCGACAACGCUUUGGCCGGCCUCGAUAGCUUGGAGAGCAUCUCCUUCUACGAUAACACUUUCCCCGAGGUGCCGCAUUCCGCCCUGAGAAACGCAAAGAACCUCAAGUUUUUGGACCUGAAUAAAAACCCCAUUGCGAGGAUCCAACGAGGGGAUUUCGCGGACAUGCUGCAUUUAAAAGAGCUGGGGAUUAAUAGCAUGCCGGAGCUCGUCUCCAUCGACAGCUUUGCCCUCAAUAAUCUGCCCGAGCUGACGAAAAUAGAAGCCACCAACAACCCCAGACUCUCCUACAUCCACCCCAACGCUUUCUACAAACUGCCGCGACUGGAAACGCUGAUGCUCAACGGCAACGCGCUCAGCGCCCUCCACCGAAUCACGGUGGAGUCGCUCCCCAAUCUCAGAGAGGUGAGCAUGCACAGCAACCCCAUUCGCUGCGACUGCGUGGUACGCUGGAUGAACAUGAACAAGACCAACAUUCGCUUCAUGGAACCCGACUCGCUGUACUGCGUCGAGCCUCCGGAGUACGAGGGCCAGCGCGUCCGGCAGGUGCACUUCAGGGAGAUGAUGGAGAUUUGCCUGCCGCUCAUAUCUCCCGAAAGCAUGCCGGGGCACGUCAAAGUGCGCGGCGGGAGCUCCGUCUCGCUACAUUGCCGGGCCUUUGCCGAACCGGAGCCGGAGAUCUACUGGAUCACUCCGUCCGGGGAUAAAGUGCUGCCCAACACGGUGUCCGACAAGUUCUCCAUGCACCCGGAGGGAACCUUUGACAUCUACGACGUGACCGAAAAGGAAGCCGGCCCUUACACCUGCGUUGCCCACAACCUGGUCGGAGCCGAUCUCAAAUCGGUUUCCGUGGAGGUGAACGGCUAUUUCCCCCAACCCGCAAACGGUUCGCUCGUCGUCAAGGUCAAGUCGGUGGCGGCAAACGCCGUCCUGAUCUGGUGGAAGGCGAGCCCGGGGACUCUGGCUCCCAGCAUCAAGUGGUACGCUCUGUCCGACGCUCGCCAUCCCGCCGCUUCCUUCUCCACCAGGGUGCCCUCCGACGUCCGAACCUACAACCUGACCCAUCUCAGCCCCGCCACUCGCUACGUCGUGUGCGUGGACGUCCGCAGCAUCCACUACAAGCGCGACACCAAAUGUGUCAAUGUCACCACCAAGGGAUUAGCGCUCGCGGCCGAGGACGCCGAAAAAUGGGACACGGCACUCAUCGCGUCCGUCGGCGUGCUCCUGGCUGGGAUUUCUGCGGGCUGUCUGCUUAUUUAUGCGUCUCUACGGAUCCGCCAACUUAAUGGGGAUUUAAGGAAGCGCCACUCCAAAGCUUUGCUGUUACCAGGGGAAGACGGCGACGGGCGCCCUCCUUUCUCGACCAAGCUGCGGUUUUCGGGAAAGGUGCUGCCCGGCGGCGUGGAAGUCAAAGCCACCGUCAUAAACGUGUCCGACGAUGCCUUUUAAAGGAGCUACGCCAAACGGACUCGAUGACGAACGGGCAGGGGUUGGACAACUACGUCGUACUGUUCAAAAGGCAAAGCCGUCGCCGAGCCUCGGCUCAGACGCUCUGGCGAGACUACUCUUGGACUGGGAGGGACCAGCGUCAACUCCAAAUGGCCGCGCUCCCAAUUUAAACCUCGGCCGAUGGGGUGGCUUACUAACUGCGACAUCGAGCGGAGCGUCCGUCCACCGGAUUUGGGGGAAGGAAGGGCGGGCGGGCACCUCCCGCCGGAAGACGCAUUUGAGUACGGUUCGUACAGCAGCAAGACGGGCGGCGCCAAGAAAACGAAGAGACGGAGGGUCAGCGCUCUUGUAACUGACUGUUCAAUUUGUCCUGAGUUGUGGAAAUGUCUGUGUGGUCCCAAGCAAUACCGUCUGUGCUUUGUCAAAAACAUCCAUAGACGAGUUAGCGAUACAGUAAUAACACCCGUCUAUACCGGUGGGGGGGGGGGGGGUUUU